UAUCUCAGGGUGCGUAUCGAAAGCAAGAACAGGCGAUAAUGGACCGGAACUAAGAGCAAGUUGACAAUCCAUCCCUCUAACCCCUCCACCAUGGUACUCUCAGCGCUGCUCGCAGCGUUCUUGGGUUCAGCCAAGCGAACAAUUUCUGCGUUCUUUCCUUGGUUUGGUACGGUUACGGACUCUGGUUUUGUGAAUCGCUUCUCUUUAACCUCCGCGUGCAACGUCUUCCUGUUUCUGAUUUUCGGACUCGACCGCCAUCACUUCAAUGCGGUUGAGCCAUCCCUGGGACCUGUCAUGACAUUUGCAGUUGAGAAGUAUUAUUUUCCCUUCAACGAAGCGCUUGUAUAUUUUUCACUCUGUGGCGUUUUAUUGAUCAUGCAUGCUCUUCUAUAUCGUUGUUUCCUCUCUCGACCGCCCUCUCGCUCCUUUCGUGUGUGGUCUGCUCCUUUAACUGGCAUUUCUGUUGGCUGUCACUUUCUUCAGACGUCAAGGAUGUCGGAUACGUCAUCGUAAGUUUCUUACUCCCUUCGUCCGUUCCCUGCGCAACAUUCUCAUCAUUUAUCACAGAAUUACGAUUUCCCUAACAAUUGCGAAGACUAUAUCCAUCGUAUCGGACGAACUGGACGUGCUGGCAUGAAAGGAACAUCUUACACCUACUUCACGACCGAUAAUGCCAAGCAAGCUCGCGAACUGGUUGCUAUCCUGAAGGAAGCUAAAGCCACUGUACCUCCUCAACUCGAAGAGAUGACCAUGUUCGGUGGUGGUGGCGGACGUAGUAAGUUCCCUUAAAUUCCUCGUCAGAU